ACCACCACCGGUCGGUCGCCAGCCGAGUUCCAAGUCCGAGUGCUCAGUUCAGGCCUCAGGCCUCAGGCUCAGCUCGCUCUCCGUCCGUGUCCUAGCUCGCUGAUCAUCGAUCAAUCCAGAGACCUGCCGGGCAAUGGCGAUCAAGAAGGGCGGCGCGGCGGCGUCGGGGCUGAAGCAGAUCCUGCGGCGGUGCUCGAGCCUUGGUCGCCGGCAGCAGCAGCAGCAGCAGCAGCAGCACAGCGAGUACGAGGAGGAGUACAACGACGAGGAGGAGGAGGCGUCCGGGCUGCCGUCGGACGUGCCGCGGGGCCACUUCGCGGUGUACGUGGGCGAGCGGCGGCGGCGGUUCGUGGUGCCCAUCGCGCUGCUGGACCGGCCCGAGUUCCGGACCCUGCUGCGGCGCGCCGAGGAGGAGUUCGGGUUCGCCGGCGCCGGGGCCGGCGGCAUCCUCGUGCUCCCCUGCGAGGAGGUCGCCUUCCGCUCCCUGACCUCCGCCCUCGCCUGCGCCGGCGCCCGGUGAGCGCGCGCGCCACUCCCGCCGCCGGCGCACGGCAUCCUCCUGUGGCUAGCUAUUCGUUCGAUUCCCAUUGAUUUGGCCGGCCCGGCUAGCUAUACCUCGCCGGCGAAGUAUAAGUAUGUAGCAAUCACACGUGUACCGUGAAGGUUAAUGCAUGGUGUGUGUAAAUAUGGAGAGGAUUAGAGAAGACCAAGUUAGUGGUGCAUGCGCGGAGGAUUAUAUUAGCGCGCCCCCGCCCGACCGCCAUUGGAAUUUGGAGAGCAUCCAUCGAAGAAGAUGGAGAGGACGCGCGCGGAGAAGAUGAUCAGGUUUGAGAUCGAGAUCGAGGUGGCAUUAGCUUUGAUGAUGGAUUAUUGGCUAGUAAAAAGAAGCAUCUGGCCGCGAGCUGCUGCUAGCUAGCUUGUGCGUUGUUGUUUGUGAUGGGUUGUACUUCCUGGCCUCCUGCUCCUGCUAGACACGCAUGGGUAGGAGGGCCAAGUGAACGAACCGUCAUUAACCCUUUUUUUUUUCUGUAUACACGCAAAGAUAAGAUGUUGCCCGGGUAGCUGCCCAGAUCAUCA